AUGUCCUUCUAUCAAUUGAACCUGGGCCUGUUCACGGUAGUCAACGCUGGUCUGCUCUAUCGUCAGUACAUCGUGCAGAGGCGACGACUGAGCAAUGUCGAAACGAAAGAGAACGAAGACGACCACGUCGAGAGCCAGCAGCUUCUCAGUCCGCCGGUCGAGAUGAAGAUAUCAGCCCGGCGUUUUCAGGUUGAGUACUUCUCCGUUUACGCAUUAGCUGUUGGCGCGGACUGGCUGCAAGGCCCUCACAUUUACGCCAUGUACAAAUACGAAAAACAACUCCCCGAAAAGCUUGUCGCUGCUCUGUACGCAGCAGGCUUCAUAUCCGGCGCCGUCUCCGCGUCUUUUGCAGGCGGACUCGCCGACCGUUAUGGGCGACGACUGGCGUGCCUCAUCUAUUGUGCUACCUACAUCCUCACGUGUCUCUCCAUGGUCUUCGACAAUAUCAUCAUUCUCUUCCUUGGUCGGCUCAGCGGCGGCAUUUCCACGACUCUGCUGUACAGCGUAUUCGAAGCUUGGCUCAUUACCGAGUACCACCAACGCGAUCUCACUCGCUCUCAAUUGAAGCUGGGCACCGUUUUCGGCAACAUGACUACAUUGAGUUCUAUUGUUGCCAUCGCAUCAGGGGUUCUCGGCGAUGCACUGGUUUCUCGAUUCGACGGAGCGCGCGUCUGGCCUUUCCUGGCGGCCGCGCUGAGUGCCGCAGCGGCUGCUGUCCUGAUCCUCAAGACGUGGCCAGAGAAUUACGGAACAAGCAACAGCAGGGAGGGUGCCGGACAGACGACGUCCCUGGCGGACAUGCGCAGUGGCAUUCGGACCAUCCUCGGCGAUAAGCGCAUCUGGGGCCUGGGCCUCACGUCGACCUUCUUCGAGGGUACCAUGUACCUCUUCGUCUUCUUCUGGUCGGCCGCACUCAAGAGCGCAAGGACAAAGGCAGGCUCCGACGAGGAGUUGCCAUUCGGGCUCAUCUUCUCGAGCUUCAUGUGCGCCAUGAUGGCCGGGUCAGCCUUAUUCUCGCUGGCCACGCCAACACAUACGAAGGAGUCGUCGUCGGGCAUGCUCAUGAUGACAGUGCUGGCGACGAGCUGCUGUCUUUCGGCAGCAGUGCUACUCGAGAACGAGCAGGUCUUGUUCUGGACGCUCUGUGUGGUGGAGAUGUGCAUCGGUGCAUACUUCCCUAGCAUGUCGUACCUAAAGAGCGAGGUCGUGGAGGACGGCGUCAGGGGAAGGGUGUACAGCAUUCUGAGGCUCCCACUCAAUCUAUUUGUGGUUGUGGCACACAGCCUCGACCAGGAGGGCGACGGGCACAGGAACCAUGUCUUUUUGACGUGCGCAGCCCUGUUAAUGCUCUCAUUCUUCAUCAUCAAGCGGUCUUUUUCUUCGUGA